GCGGUCGUCGUGCCUCGUCGGGCUGUUAGUUAUUACUGUUGUUGAUUUUGUUUUUGUUUUUGCAUACGUCGUGCGUGUCAGUUUUAUACGUGUGUGAAUUUAAUUUACGUUAAAAAGAACACGAAGAAAUAACAAACGCGAUAAAGACAACUAAAUUAAAAAGCUUAUGUAAUUUAUGCGCGGUUUCUACCACAGAGAGCUGAAGGGAAUUGUUUUGACAAUUAAAUACUCCAGAUCUUGGCUUAAGUCAAGCAUAAACCAGUUUUUCUUCGAUGUACGUACAUUUGCGCCUUUUUGUUUACUUUACUGUUUUUCAAGUGCUCGAGAAUUGAGCAAGUGGUCAAAACCCCUUUCAGUGGACGCAGGAAAAUUCGUGAGUUCAAUAAACUCUAUAGCCCGGAUCACAGAUAACCUGUGCAAUUAUUUUGCGGCUUGCUUAGUCCAAAAGUGCAAGAAAUUGUUCGGGUAUUAAAUGCAUUUCUGAUAAGCUGUCGCCGUCGCUACGAGCGCUUUAAUUACCGUUAAAACAAAGAGAGUGGAAGACAGAGAGACACUAAGAAUUGAAAACAACCACAUGUUGAGUCGAAGCUCGUGCAAUUCUCAAAUGAAUAAAUAUACUAUACAAACCUAUCUCGUUAUUGUAUACAAACAAACACAUUCCGGCCGAAAUAGUUAGACAAAACACUUGGCCAGAAACAACUCCAAUCAACGCUGAGCGUGCGCCACAACCAACCGCGCGUAGAUAAAGCGAGUGCGAAUGACCUUGAGGGAGUGAGUGUGUGCGCGUGUGUGUGUGUGUGUUGAUAAAAUAUACAAAGCAAGUCAGACAAUAACAUUGACAUCCAGCCAGCAAUUUUUCAAAGUCCAAAGAGCAAUAACACACGCACAUAAGUGGCAGCUUCAGCCUCCCAACCGCCCCCAUUUGCAUGGCCACUAGCGUCAUACAUCCCGUUGUCUCAACUUCAGCCGGUCGCUGCAGCCCCUGCGAUCCCUUGACCACGCCUAUUCCCAAAACGCUUUCGAGCGGAGACAAGAGUUCGUGCAGCACGACGAGCUGCGCUUGCCUGGACUGUCACAAACAGAGCCCAAACCGUUCACUACCGUUCCACUUCUACACCCACGCCCAGUGGACGGGCUCCACAGUUAAGGGCAGCUGCUCCAACUCGAUUGGUGGCGACGGCGACGGUGACGGCGACAACAAUAGCUGGCCUGAGGAGCACAAGCAUCGACCGCUGAGCGCCGAUUCAUUGGGUAUACUUGGUGCCAAAAAGUCGCCCAUAUUUGGACGCCGGCUGAAGCAACAGAAGCCAUCAACUUUGGUGCCCCAAGAACAAGAGUUCUUCUCGUUACGCAGUUUGGCGCCAAUCUACACGGAGCGGAAGCCACAAAUCGAUCUCAGCGCUGUGGAGGCUGCAGCAACAAACAUGCCGGGGGCACGUACAAAUAUGGACAUCAAUCGGAAUAAUGGUUAUCUGCAUAAUGGGAUGGAAAACACUAAUCGAGUCAAAUUAAUGGCGUACAUCAAGUUGUUCCGUCAACAAACUAAUAUAAACUCAUAA